AUGAAGUUCGUUGAAAUUGUUGCGUCCGAUGAGGUUGAUCUGAAGGCACUGGAAGCUCAAGAGCGCUUUGUGGCACUGGAAUUUCCCGCACAAUUUGGUUCCAAAGUCAUGGAGUACCUGUCAAUGCAUUUUCAAUCACUAACGGAGCUCGGGUUCGCCCACCUUAAACGGUUGAAAAAGCAUCCGGAACUCCCAAAAACCCUCGUGGCACUUGUUUAUCCCUUGAGUAUCAAUGAUCAAGACAUUGCAACACCUUGUAAAGAGUUGCAACAAAUGGAAACAUUGUUUCAAGCUCGUCUUACAACGGCGCAUGCUCUAAGACUAGCACCGCGCACUCGUCAACUGUUUGAGAAACACACGAAGCAGUGGCCACUGAUUUUCCAUGCUAGUGUCGAGGAAGCUGCGACGUUGUCGGUAAUUGAAGAGGAGGAAAAGACAAAGAUGAUAGAGCGUUUGAGGAUGGUAGUGGAACGUGGAGAAAAGCUGAAGGAAGAAGGACAGCAGACAUUGAGGUGUGCGUGCAUGUGUGUGGUGGUGGACCCUGAAGUCGACGAGAUCGUUGCCACAUCGGAAGUGGGUGAUGAGAUGCACAGCAAAUACAAGUUCAGGACGUUGUAUCAUUCGGUGAUGGUUUCGAUUGAUGCUGUUGCAGAACGCGAUCGAGGACGUGAUAGAGCUUUGGUUCAAGAGACGACUUGCAAGAAACAAAAGUGCACUAAAGAAGACGAUGAUGCGAAUUCAGACGAGAAGAAUGAAAAAAAGCAGAAGGCAUCUUACUUGUGCACGGGGUAUGAUGUAUAUCUCGAUCGCGAGCCGUGCGCUAUGUGCGCCAUGGCGUUAGUGCACAGCCGCGUUCGACGAGUCAUUUUUGAUCGCGCUAAUCUUGGCGACGGCGUGCUUGUGAGUGCUUUCAAGCUGCACACCAUUAAGUCGCUAAACCACCACUAUCGUGUCUUCCACGUGGCCAUCUCGCCUGAAUAG